AUCAAUAGUAAAUAAAGUUAAGACAAAUGUAAUUAUUAGAAAAGAUAUGCAUUAUGUAAGUUUCCGUACGGAAACUAAUCAUAUUAUAUGGUGAUGACUCUGGAAAAUCCGUGCGUUAUUUAUAACCUUGAAUAUGCUCUAAAUUUAUAAUAUUCCAUUCAAGGUUACUACGUAUUAUAGAAUUAUAAGAUAUAUACAAAAUCAGCACAAUGUCUCUAAUCGGAAAUAUUGAACCAUUUAAUCCAGAUCAAGCUGACAUAACGACUUAUAUUGAAAGAAUAGAACAAUUAUUUAUUUGUAAUGAUGUCAAUGAAAAAAAAGUGCCACUUUUCUUGACUUUGUUAGGGGGAGAAGCUUAUAAUGUUUUAAAAGAUCUUUUGUCCCCACAAUUACCUAGUCAAAAGACGUAUGCUGCUUUAAAAGAGACGUUAAUAAAUCAUUAUAAUUUAAAAAGGCUUGUAAUAGCAGAACGAUACAAAUUCUACAGUGCAAAUCAAGAUAGUAGUGAAGAUAUCAAAUCGUACCAAAUUAAAUUGAAGAAUCUGUCAAAAUAUUGUAAAUUUGAAGGAUUCUUGGAUGAAGCUUUGAGAGACAAAUUCGUCUUCGGUUUAUUUUCGGAACAAAUUAAACAGAGAUUAUUGACGGAAGAUGAUUUAACAUUUGAAAAGGCAUGUGAAAUAGCUACAAAAAUGGAAUUUACUGAAAACCAAAUACUUAUCAUAUCUAGAAAUGAUGAAGAGAAUAUUGUUAAUCAAUUGGAUAACGAUAAGAGUGAUGACAAGCUGAAUGAAGAAAGCAGUCAGAAUAAAUCAAAUGAGUAUUUGACUCAAGCAAAUCAAGAGUCAAAUAGUAAAACAAUGCCUAUAAGACAAAUGUGUAAACGAUAUACCAAAGUCAAUAAAGAUUAUAGUGCUAUGAAUUCAAAAUGUGUUUCAUGUAAUCAAAUGGACCAUACAUCAUCUAAAUUUACAUCUAGAAAUAGAGCUUGUAAUACAGAAAAUCAAGAAGAUAAACAAAAUGAGGAAGAGAAUAAUCAUAUUCUUGAAUUAAAGUUUAUAGAUAUUGAUACAAUUGAUUCUUUAGAAGAGACACGGAAAAAAGCAGAUCCUAAUUACGCAACUUGUGAUGAAAACAGAAGACAUGAAAAAAGAGUCAUACACGAAAAACAAUUUGACGAUACAUAUGAUACUUAUGAUGACAGUAUAGAUGAAGAUUGUGAUUCAGCUUCGCAAUUACAGACUUCAUACAAGAAGAUAAAAAUAAAUGAAAAUUGGGAGUCGUCUGGAAAGAAAUCUUUGCAUGACAAACAAUUGUUGCAUAAAAAGCAAUUCUCUUGUAAUAAAAUUUCACAAAUUGCCACCUUAUCUACAUCAAAACAUUCAUUGUAUGAUAAAUCACAAACGCAGAUAGUUGAUCCACUACAAAUAGUACAAAUGGAUGAGUCGUCUGAAUUUGGACCGCAAGAAAUGAAUGUACAAAAUCUUGAAUUUAUUUCAACUACUGCCCCGUCAGUUACGGUUAGUGACAUUGAAAAGUUGAUUCCGAUUUGUGAAGAAACAUUAAGGUAUGUAAAAAGCAUCGAUAGGAGGCUGAGAGUUUUGGAAAAAGGCGUUAUUAAUGAGGAAGAGCCUGAAGGAAUGAAUGUAUUCGAUGACCUACUUCCGAUCAAUUCUAUACAAAAUCUUAAACGAUUUGAGGAAAGCAUAGAAACAGCUGAAAUAAAAACGAAAUUUAUGGAAUUUAUAAAAAGAAUUGGAGGCAAAGGCAACAAAAAUAUGAUACAACGGUGUAUGAGCCGUUUAUUUACAAAUGAAUUCGGCAUUAGUUGUUCUUGGUGUGGUCGCGGGAAUAAUUAUCGCAUGUGCGAUUUAAAAUGUAUCCAAGUUCUAAAAAUUGUGUUAAGAGCCAGGGGUAUCAACGAAUGCGAAUUUGAAACUAUAGCAAGCGAAUGGUUCCGCCUUAGCAAGCUGCGAUAUGAUCGCGAAAAUAAAAAGCAUACAGAAGAAACGUUACACUGCUGCAAUAUUUGCCAAAUUCCAUAUGGUUUUCUCUGCUCUUAUGAGGACAGUACGACCAAAAUGUGGAUUAUAAAAAUCAUGGAGUAUGUAAUUAUGAAUAUCUAUAAUGUAAACUCUUCAGUAUAAUGCUCAAGUCCGCCUGUUAAUCGUGGCUAUUGUUUGGGAGCGUUUAAUUAUCACUUAUGCACGUCGCGAUUGCAAUCCCGGCCGAUUUGUACCGAUUCACUGUAAUAGAAUUAUACUUGUCUUUACAAUCAUUCUCGAUCAUCUGUGAUCGCAUUAUAAUAUUCACGAUCGUUGUAAAUAUGUGCGUAUUGCAUCGUCUAUUCAUCAUCAUGCGCAUUGUUGUAUUAUAUGAUGAUAAUAUUUCUUUCUUUCUACGUAUUGAAAAUUCUAGAAAAAGAAUUCGUAACGUUUCGAAUCAAUUCAAACAGCUAUAAUCAUAUUCGUUAAAUAUGAAUGAAAUUUAAAUAAAAAAAAAAGGUUUUAAAGCUCAAUUUCUGAAAGGUUAUUAUAUUUUGUAAUUUCUGAGUGAGUUUGGUAAUUUUUAUAUAUAGAAAAAUAUGAAACACCUCUCGAAAAAUCCGCGGUUCGGAACCGGCAUAAAACUGUAGGUCCCGUAUAUUUGUGGCAAGUGAAUAAUCAGCGUACGCAUUAGAAGCCUAAUGUAAAAGAAAGAAAAAGAAAAUUAUGAUCGAAAGAAGAAAUUCUUUUUACUUUGUGAACAUGUUACUUUGUGAACCUAUUACAUAUCCAAAAAAAUUUUUAAUUUUCAAACGUGAAAACUUAAAAUUUUUUCUACAAAAUCAGUUUUUAAAAAUGUUCUUAACAUUUUUUUUUAUUAAUUUAUGACAGAUUAAAUAAAAGGAGCAUUUUGAUCGGUUAUAACUUCAUUAACACUCAUUGUAUCGCAAUUCGAAAAACAGAUUAAUGUUAAAACUUUGACAAAUAUAAUUAUCAAAUUUUUUAAAAACAUAUAGCAGCAUGUGAUACUAAUGAGUAAUAACGCUACGAAUUUUUGUUCCAACCCAUUAUAUUGCUAAUUUCUAAAUAAAUAUUUGAAAUGUG